UACUUACUUACUUGUCCGCAAUUUCCAUUCACUAUGGCUACACACAAACUGGCUACAUUAUACAAUGAUCUACAGCGUUCAUUUGAUGCAAGACCGUCAGAUCUGAAGAAAUGCGGGACGCUGCUGGCUCAGUUAAAGGUUGGCUUGAUAGAAGCAGGUCUAUUGAUCCCCCAAGGAGAAGCAAAUAUUCACGACUUAGUCGUUGCUCGUGACAUCCUCGAAAUCGGCGUCUUCUGGAGUAUAAGAGCGGAAGACGUCCCUUCAUUCGAUAGAUAUUUCUCCCAGCUGCAUACUUUCUACACGGAUUACAGAUCAAGCCUCCCUCCAUCGAAGCGCGAAUUUGCAGUCCGGGGACUGAACCUCAUUCGUUUGCUCACACAAAACCGUAUCGCUGACUUCCACACCACCCUCGAGUCGCUUCCCCUUCCUGCUGACGAGAUCAACACAAACCCAUACAUCAGACAUCCGGUGAAUCUCGAGCGCUGGCUCAUGGAGGGGAGCUACAGCAAGGUGUGGAAUGCCCGUGAGGAAGCGCCGGCAGAAGAGUAUAAAUUCUUCGUUAACAGUCUUAUGGGCACCAUUCGGAAUGAGAUUGCUAGCUGCGAGGAGUCGGCGUACGAGAGCCUCCCUUUGAAAGACGCUGCAACUCUGCUAUUCUUUACCUCGCAGUCUGGGUUAUUGAAGUUCGCCCAACAGCGCGGUUGGCAAGUAGAUUUGACGGCUGGCAUGAUAACAUUUGCAAAGAAGAAUGAUGAACAAGUAGAGAUUCCAACGCAGAAGCUCAUUGCAGCAAACCUGGCGUACGCUCGUGAGCUAGAGCAGAUUGUGUAAACACCACUUAAUGUUUGGCUCCUUCACACA